CUUGCAAUCUUACUGGGAUUACAGAACAAAGAGGCCCCCUCCCCUUCGCCUUGUCUGCAGCCCCCGGGAGCAGGGGCUGGCUGCAUGGGGGGCCUCUGCCUGGCCCAGGACCCCCUCCCUUUUGCAGCCGUCCUUCCCUCCCGGAGGCAGCCCGGGUGAGAAUCGCACCCCCCCCACCCAUCCCGCGCCCCACCGCUCUGCCAAUCUCCCAUUCUCCUCUUCCUCCUCCUCCUCCUCCUCUUUCUCUCUCCUUCCUUCCUUCCUUCCUUCUCGUCUUUACAGAUUAAUUCAACCCUGCAAUCCGGGCGGGAGGAGCCGGGGAGAGGCUGAUCCCUUGCGGCAAUCAUGGCGCUGCUGGGAAAGCUUUCCGAUGGGCUUCUUAACAACUGCAGACCUGACCAAUGGCACUUGGUGUUCUCUCAAAAAGAUGAAGUUAUCACCAGCUUAGUAUCAGCCUUAGACUCUAUGUGCUCAGCCCUUUCUAAACUCAACACGGAGGUUGCCUGUGUUGCUGUCCACGAUGAAAAUACUUUUGUAGUUGGGACAGAAAAGGGGAGGCUGUUCAUGAACACAAGGAAGGAGGUCCAGGCCGAUUUCAAAAAGUUCUGCAGAGUCCAGCAGAGCAAAGAGCAUGAUCUGGACGGCCAGAAGAAGGCAAAAGAUUUUGGUCGGACAAUUCCUCGGAUCUCCCCAGAUCAGGGAUCAGAUGUUUAUCUCCUCAGGAAGAUGGUAGAAGAAGUCUUUGAUGUGCUUUAUAGUGAGGCCUUGGGGAAGAGCAGUGUGGUUCCACUGCCAUACGAGAAGUUCUUGAAAGAGCCUGGUUGGUUAACGGUGGUUGGGUUACCUGAUGGACUCACAUUCAGGAAACCCAUUGAAUACGAUGCAAAGUCCCUGAUGGCCAUAUUAGAGCACAGCCACAACAUGCGUUUCAGGAUAAAAAGGCCACCCGAGGACUCUAUCAGGGAUCCCAACCCUUCUCUUGAGAUGAACUCCUCUGCCCUCAUCUCCAAGGGGAACCGAGAGCCAGGCCUUAAUCAUGUGCGCCUUAAGCAGGCCAAUCAAGACACUCUUCCCGGGAUCACCACCAGCGGUUUCCUGUACGGCGUAUCGCUGCCCACACAGAUUGCCAUGGAGAUAAAGCAGGAAGGUUCAGCCAGUCGGCAUGGGAUGAAUGCAGUCGGCGACAUGCUGAGGCCCCGUCCAUCAGGAGAAGCGAAGGUGCCUUCGCCACAGGAGUUCGGUGACUGCUGUGGACAGAAAUCUAUCCUCCCCGGUGGUCCACUCAUCCAAAAUGUCCAUUCCUCCAAACGCAUCCUUUUCUCCAUAGUCCACGACAAAUCAGAUAAAUGGGACAAUUUUAUAAAAACCGAAGAUAUCAACACCCUGAGGGAAUGUGUGCAAAUUCUGUUUAACAGUCGAUAUGCUGAAGCCUUGGGACUGGAUCAUAUGGUCCCUGUCCCAUACCGGAAAAUUGCCUGUGAUCCGGAAGCUGUAGAAAUCAUUGGAAUUCCAGACAAAAUCCCCUUCAAGAGGCCCUGCACCUAUGGAGUCCCCAAGCUCAAGCGGAUCUUGGAAGAAAGGCACAAUAUCCACUUCGUGAUCAAAAGGAUGUUUGAUGAAAGAAUUUUUACAGGAAACAAAUUUACCAAAGACGCAACCAAGAUUGAGCCAUCAAGCCCCUCUGGGGACGUCUCCCCUGAAGUAAAUCACGAAACCUGCUUGAUCCUGCUUUCAUUUGCUAGGUCUGAAAAAUGCCUCAUCUCUGGAGACUGUGAGCCAGGUACCUCAGGGGAACUGGGAGGGAUUAAACGCAUCAAAAUAGAACCAGACGAAGUGGACAUAAUUCAGAUCACUGUUCCAGAUAAAGGGCCCAGCAUUGAUUUGCAGCAUGACGAGAAGCAAAUGGAAGGGAAAGAUGGUGUCAGUGAUGUUUUAAGUCACUUGAGAAAACAAGUAGAAAUUUUAUUUAAUGCAAGAUAUGCAAAAGCCAUAGGAAUUUCUGAGCCUGUUAAAGUCCCGUACUCCAAAUUCUUGAUGUACCCAGAAGACCUUUUUGUGGUGGGCUUGCCCGACGGCAUCCUACUCAGACGGCCCAACUGUUUUGGCAUUGCAAAGCUAAAGAAGAUUCUUCAGGCAAGCAGCAGAAUUCGAUUUGUUAUCAAAAGGCCAGAACUUCUUACAGAAGGAAUGAAAGAAAUGACCUCAGAUAGCUCAGGAGCAAUAGCCAAUGAUAGAGUCUCCAUUGAGCCCAUUGAGGAACCUGUAAAAAGAUCAGGAUUUCAAGAAAAUUAUGAUACUCGACUGUCAAGAAUAGACAUUGCAAAUACACUCAGGGAACAGGUUCAAGAUCUGUUCAACAAGAAGUAUGGUGAGGCGUUAGGCAUCAAAUACCCAGUCCAAGUGCCAUACAAGCGUAUCAAAAGCAAUCCGGGUUCAGUGAUCAUAGAAGGGUUGCCACCAGGAAUCCCAUUCCGGAAACCUUGCACCUUCGGCUCUCAGAAUCUGGAGAGGAUAUUAGCCGUGGCAGACAAAAUCAAAUUCACAGUUACAAGGCCUUUCCAAGGACUCAUCCCCAAACCUGAUGAGGACGAUGCAAACCGGUUGGGCGAGAAGGUGAUCCUCCGAGAGCAAGUGAAAGAGCUGUUCAAUGAAAAAUACGGGGAAGCUUUAGGCCUGAACCGACCAGUUCUGGUGCCCUACAAACUGAUCAGGGACACACCUGAUGCCAUCGAAGUGAGCGGUUUGCCAGAUGAUAUCCCGUUUCGGAAUCCCAAUACUUACGACAUCCAUCGGCUAGAGAAGAUUCUGAAAGCACGCGACCGGAUCCAGAUGGCCAUUACUAGCCAGCUCCAGCCGUUUGCAGAUGUAGGUCCUGAGGCCAAACCACCAGAAAACAACAGCAUCGUCACUAAACGGAAGCGGAAGAGGAUCUCAGAAGGGAAUUCUGUCUCUUCCUCCUCGUCCUCCUCCUCGUCCUCCUCCUCAUCAAAUCUAGAGUCCACCUCAUCAACCAAUCAGAUCUCACUCGUGCAAUGGCCGAUGUACAUGUUGGACUAUGGGGGUCUCAAUGUUCAGAUCCCAGGACCUAUGAAUUAUUGAGACCUCACCUUCUGCAGAUGAACCUCAAGCAAAAAGAAAGAACUGCUCGUGAUGUGUAAUUAUUUUGUACAAAGUGUAUAUUCCAAUAUGUAACAAUGCCUUUUAGUUUUUCCAAUGAUUUUUACACUAUAUUCCUGCCACCAGGGCCUUUUUGAAUAAAAAAAGAAAGGAAGUGUU